AUGGAUUUCAACAGCCUCAAGGACCAGGUCAGCAACCUGACUCUCUACGACAUCAAGGCCGGCGUGCGCAAGGUCCAGAAUGCCGUCAUGAACUACACCGAGAUGGAGGCCAAGGUGCGCGAGGCCACAAACAACGAGCCAUGGGGAGCAUCGUCUACGAUCAUGCAGGAGAUCGCAAACGGCACCUACAACUACCAGCUGCUCAACGAGAUUAUGCCCAUGAUCUACAGACGCUUCACCGAAAAGGCUGCCGAGGAAUGGCGGCAGAUCUACAAGGCCCUCCAACUCCUUGAAUUCCUCAUCAAAAACGGUUCCGAGCGCGUCAUCGACGAUGCACGAUCCCACCUCUCCCUCCUCAAGAUGCUGCGCCAGUUCCACUACAUCGACCAGAACGGCAAGGACCAGGGCAUCAACGUGCGCAACCGAUCCAAGGAGCUCGCCGAGCUGCUGAGCGACGUCGAGCGCAUUCGUGCUGAGCGCAAAAAGGCCCGCGCCACGCGCAACAAAUACACCGGUGUGGAAGGUGGCGCGGGACUUGGCUUCUCGAGCGGCAGUGGCGGCAGGUACAGCGGCUUCGGCAGCGAAAACGCCGGCUACGGUGCCUACAGCGGAGGCGUAUACGGUGACGGAGGAGGUUUCGGAGGCGAGGCGGACAGCGGAUUCAGCGGAGCCACGCAAUCCCGCCGGGACCGUUUCGAGGAGUACGACGAGUACGACGAGGGCGCCGUUGCCGCGCCCGGCAGGAGGGUGGCAGACCAGCCCAGGGCCGGCACCAGGCGAGAGACGGGCAGCGCCGCCGCGGUCAAGAAGCCAGAGCCGCCCAAGCCCAAAGAGCCCGAGGUUGACCUCUUCUCCUUUGACGAGCCUGCUCCGAGCACGUCCGCCUCGAACGGCAAGGCGCCCGCCACGAGCUCCGCGGCCGAUGACUUUGGCGCCCUGCAAUCCGGCGGCGCCGACGAUGACGACUUUGACGACUUCCAGGCGGCGCCCGCGCCUGCUCCCGCGCCGGCCGCGGCGGCCGUCAAGCCCCCAACCGCCUCAGCCUUUGGUAUGACCUCGCCGACAUCACCAACAAUGACGCAGUUCGCGGCGCCGCAGCCGCGGUCGGGCGCGCAGGCCAACAGCAUGAACGACCUGUUUGCGACCAUCUCGCCGCCGCCCAGCGGCACCAGCACGGCGCGCGGUACGCCCGCCGCCAGCAUGUCGGCCUUCUCGCCACCGCCGGCACAGAAGCCAAUGAGCACGGGCUUUGCGCCCACGCAGCCCAACUACUUCACGAGCGUGCCGGCGGGGCCGCCACAGCAGGGCUCAGCGGCCAGCACGCCGGGAGGCGUCUUGUCGCCACACCGCACGGGCACGGGCAGCAUCAGCAGCUUGAACAGCUUGGGCGGGGGCAAGAAGCCGGCGGCGGGCGGCGACGCGUUCGCGGGCCUGCUGUCGGGCGUCAGCGGGCCGAAGAGGACAAACUCGACGCCUCAGCAGAAAGUGACGAUGGCGGAGAUGGCCAAGCAGAAGACCAGCUCGGGGCUGUGGGGCGCGCCGUCGCCGACUACGGCGGGGCCGCCGGGGGGUGCGGCGUCGGCGGGGGGCGCGCCCAAGGCGAGCACGGGCAGCAGUGGGCUGGAUGAUUUGCUGGGUUAG